AUGGCAACAAAACAGAAAAACAUAUUUACACGGAGCAAGCCUUUGAUGAACAUCUAUAGUGGUCUUGACCAUGAAGGAAAGGAGGUAGAGGUUCGUGAGGAUGCAGAGCAGUUAGUGAAGUGGCAUGAGAUAUCCGAUGCUCUGGUUGCUGCAGGGUACUACCGGGCCCAGCUACAGGGGCUAUCUGCAUUUGACAAGAUUGUGGGUGGGCUCACAUGGUGCAUAGAACUGUGUGACAUAGAUGUUGAUAUCAGCCUCCUAUUUGAAGAGAAUCUCACGAUUGGCAAAAAAAUAGCAUUAACAGAAAAAAUAGUAAAAGUAUUACCAUCAAUGAAAUGUCCUCACACAAUAGAACCUCAUCAAAUCCAAGGUUUAGACUUUAUCAAUAUUUAUCCACUAAUUUUGUGGCUGAUAAAAUAUUCAAGCGAGUUCAGGGAGGCCAAGGAAGAUGAAUUGAGGAAGUUUGCAGUUAUGCAAUAUGAUAAGUUUCAUAUAUUUGAGUCAGAUAGAGCUGUAUUUGUUCAAAAAGAAAAACUGCUAAGAAACUUGGCUGUUGUACAGAAUUUGUAUAAGCCAUGCAGAGUACGCAAAAGGAAGGGAGGUCUUCCUGCCAAUGAGCUAGAACAAGUAAAUGCCACUCUGUCUGAGUAUGAUCAACGCAUGCUAAUGCAUGUGUCUACCAAUAAAGCUGAUGUCAAAAAUGAUGAUGGGUUAGACUUUUUGUAUGAUUAUGAGAAAACUUUAGCAGACCCUACAGAAAUUACCACAGAGGCUAAUAGAUAUGUGAAGGACCAAGAAAGCAAGGGAACUGAUGCAGAUACAAAGAUUCACUAUGCAGUCUUACAUUCUGAGCUCACCGGAGAGGUUUCCAAAGAGUUGGAAGAGAGAGAAAAACAAAAAUAUUCUGAAGAUGUUGAUAGACUUACUAAAAGCAUUGAUGUUCUGGAGAAAGAAAUACAAACAUUCAAAGAAACCCACCAAGGCAGAAUGGAAAAUACUAAGAAACAAUACUCAAAUGUACUCGGCAAGAUGCAGAAGAUUACUAAUAAGUUGAUGAAAACUGAUGGGUUUAGUGAUAAAGAUAUGAAACAUUUCUACAAGUCCCUCAAGGAGCUAGCAAGGGAAAGAAACGAAUUGUUGCAAGUGAUUCAGCAUAGGAACAAGGAACAUAGUAAACUACAAGAUAAAUUGCAGGUAGCAAAAGAUCCGGACGCCAAAAUCGAAGAUAAGCCGCUAUCGCCUGCUGAAUUAAAAGAGUUCAAUGAAAGAGAAGAGAAGUUGAAAGGCUUCAUAACAUCAAUGAGAUUGGAACUAGCCAAGUUAAACAGAGAGGUGCUACGGUACUCUACUGCCAUUGAUGAAGUGCCUGGCACUGCUGAGCUGCUGCAGUAUGAGAAAAGGUUCAUCGAACUUUAUAACCAAGUUGCAUCAAAGCAUAAGGAAACGAAACAGUAUUACAUAUUCUACAAUACAUUACUUGAAGUGAAACUAUAUACCUCAAAAGAGUUGAGUCUGCUCAACUCCAUCCUGGAUAACUAUGAAGAAGCUAUGUCUUCAGUCAGAAAGCGAGAAGAGUUCAUGAGUCAGUUCGAAUCCAUAGUGGAUUGGGUCAACCACACGGUCAGGAAGGUCGAAGAAAAGUUCAAGAGUGAAAAGGAAAGGAAAAAUGAUCUCUACAACGAAUACUCAAGGUUGAUGGAUGUUCAGAGACAGUAUGCUGCCGCAUUGAAGAAAUUAGGGGAACAACGCCAGAGGAUUGACACAGACAGACACAGUUGA